AUGGGUUCGUCUUUUAUUUUGUGGGCUUCGCCGUCUUCUACGAGUUUUUUCUUACAAGGGCGCUUCCUCUUCCCCAAUUUAUAUAUUACUGAUCAUUAUGACUCGAUCUCUGCCGUGUUCGCGAUUCCUCUACCUGUAACGUCUUCACCCCCUUCCUAUAUAUAUCAAUAUCGCCUACAGUCAGCUGCUCCCGUCCCUACCACCGCCGUCUAUACCGCCGCAGACGCUAACGCAGCCGUCGCCUACUCUACGUUCAACAGUCUCCGCCUCGGUAUAUCCGCUCAGUCCGUUGUUGGUCGCCUCAUCCGGUUCUGGGAUACUCAUAACUUCAACAAAAAUGGAGACUUUAUGGGAAUAACUAUUCUCCUCCUCGAUGAACAGGACUCGGUGAUCAAUGGUUUCAUUCCCGCAAACCUCACCAGCCAGCUCCGGUCGUCUUUAAAAGCCGGUUCUAUUGUGAGAUUGGACGGUUUUGAAGUUGAUCGAAUCCCUCACAUGUACAAGAUCACUGAACAUCAGUUCGUGAUCCGUUUCAUCUCUUCAACCCGUAUUGAUGAAGUCUUCGUUGACGGUCCUGUGAUCAAGUCCGACAAAUUCAUGGUGAGGCGUAUUGACCAUCUUCAAGUGCUUGCCAACACCAACUUGAAGCUCUCAGAUGUUGUGGGUGAAAUACGGUCCGUCAAAGGCUCCGAUCUCCAGAACAACGCAGCCACAAGCAGAAUUGUUGUUCGCCUACUAAUCGAAAUGACUGUGACCGUCAACGUAUAUUUGUGGGACGAGGUUGCAUCAACUUUUAGGGGCCUCUUGAAAGCAGGAGACAAAUCUCAGUCCGUUGUGUUAUUGACCUCAGUUAAUCCUAAACUGUUUGGAGGUGAACUGUAUUUAAACUCCACACAAGGAACUUGGUUCUUCUUUGACACAGCCGUUCCUGAAAUAGCAGAGUUUGUCGGCAGUGUGUGUGACACCGAUAACGGGUGGCGUCUAGUGAAUGAGUUCAAGUACGAGUCUAAGUGUAAAGGAAAAUGA